AUGGCUCAUUCCCCUGUGCAGCAGCCCGGCCUGCCAGGGAUGCAGAAUCUGAAAGCAGAUCUAGAAGAACAUUUUACAAAACUGGAGAAGCUUGGCAAAGGUGCAUUUGGUGAAGUUUUUAAGGGAAUUGACAAUCGAACUCAAAAAGUUGUUGCUAUUAAAGUCAUUGACUUGGAAAAAGCUGAAGGGGAAAUAGAUGACAUUCAACAGGAAAUCACGGUGCUAAGUCAGUGUGACAGUCCGUAUAUUACCAAGUAUUAUGGAUCCUAUUUAAAGGAUGCAAAAUUAUGGAUUAUCAUGGAAUAUCUUGGUGGAGGUUCUGCUCUUGACCUAUUAGAACCUGGCUGUCUUGAUGAAAUCCAGAUUGCAACAAUAAUGAGAGAGAUUCUGAAAGGACUUGAUUACUUGCAUUCUGAAAAGAAAAUACAUAGAGAUAUUAAAGCUGCGAACAUUCUGCUUUCAGAACAAGGUGAAGUAAAACUAGCAGACUUUGGUGUAGCAGGGCAACUAACUGAUACACAAAUAAAGCGAAACACUUUUGUCGGUACACCGUUUUGGAUGGCACCAGAAGUAAUACAGCAGUCAGCAUAUGACUCAAAGGCAGAUAUUUGGUCACUGGGUAUAACAACCAUAGAACUUGCAAAAGGUGAGCCACCUCAUUCAGAACUGCAUCCAAUGAAAGCUUUAUUCUUGAUCCCAAAGAACAGUCCACCAACAAUAGAAGGAAACUACAGUAAACCUCUAAAAGAGUUUGUUGAGGCCUGCUUGAACAAGAAUCCAAGCUUUAGACCUACAGCAAAAGAACUCCUGAAGCACAAAUUUAUAAUACGCAGUGCCAAGAAGACCUCUUAUUUGGCAGAUCUCAUUGACAGGCAUAAAAGGUGGAAGUCUGAGCAGUGCCAUGAUCUCGCUGGCUCUGAAGAUUCAGAUGGAGAAACAGAUGGCCAAGCCGCAGGUGGUAACGAUUCAGGUGACUGGAUAUUCACAAUCCGACCAAAAGAUCCCAAGAAUCUAGAGAAUGGAGCUUCCGAGCUACACGAAUGGGAGAAAAACAAGGAAAAUACUAUUCAAAGGCGGCCUUCAUCUCGGUGCUUAUCUACAAUUAUAUCACCUUUAUUCACAGAGCUGAAAGAAAGGACUGAGGCAUGUGGGGGGAAACUGGGCCCCAUAGAAGAACUGAGAGAGGCUGUUUACUUAGCUGAAGAAGCAUGUCCAGGCAUUUCUGAUACCAUGGUGGAAGAACUUGUACGAAGGCUUCAGAGGUAUUCAGUAACUGGAGGAAGUGCAUCAUCCCAUUGAAGUACUGCUUCCCAAUGUUUGUUCAGUCAGCGGGCUCAUGUUGGCAC